GCCUCUCCACAACAAGCGGGGGAGAGAGAGCGAGAGAGAGAGAGAGAGACCUAAACAAGAGAUUGGAGGUUCAUCCAAGCGCUCAGGACGCACAGACGGAGUUGCACAAUCAGCGCUCCAAAAGGGACUCAAAAAAAAAAGGCAGAAAACCUUCAGCAGCUCCUUCACUUGUGCCAAACAGACAGUCCCUGCAAGUGGAUUGUAUCUGCACCUCCAAACACUUUUGUUGUUUGUUUUUUUCCCGUGUUUUUUUCGAGAGCUCGGAUUUUUAGGAGUUUUUUUUUUUGAAAAACAUUUGUAUUUGUAUUUUUUACUUGUGAAGACAUGCAUCGGUGCACAGCGGUGCUACUUCUGUUAGUGGUGGCCUUACACGUCCUGAGCGCACAAGCCUACAAGUGCAGGUGCACCAGAAAAGGACCAAAGAUCAGAUACAAGGAUGUGCAGAAGCUGGAGAUCAAACCCAAACACCCGUUCUGCCAAGAGAAGAUGAUAUUUGUGACGAUGGAGAAUGUGGCUCGGUUCAAAGGGCAGGAGUAUUGUCUUCAUCCCAAACUUCAGAGCACCAAGAAUCUGGUCAAAUGGUUCCGCAUCUGGAAGGACAAGCACAGGGUGUAUGAAGCCUAAAACCUCGGCUGUCCAGCACACGUGGAUCAAGUGAGGCAAAAGAAAAAGAUGACAAUACCACCAGGACUGUUUUUUGCAAAGUACAAGAUGUAAUCUACAAUCAAACUGUACUUCUUCCUCUUCUGCCUGAGAUCUGUCGAGCACAUUAAGAGAUAUCUUUAGUUCAUAUAUAUAUAUAUAUAUAUAUAUAUAUAUAUAUAUAUAUAUAAGCUGGUGGGCUCGUUUUAGUCGGCCAUCACUGUAGUUACAGUCACUCACCACUCCAGUCUUUACAACUGUAGUUAUACUUGUCAAAUAGUGGACGAGACACCGCCAUCUGUGUUCAAACAGUUGUAGGUUUGUUCUGUUUUUACUUAAAGGGACUUGUCUUUUGCUUUUAGGCUUCUUUCAAAGUGAAGAAUGUGUAAUUCUGAAGAAACGAGCAAACCUUCCUUUGAGAAAUACAGUGUGGGUGUUUCAAUUGUUAAGCUUUUUACUCCUCUGUAUUCAGUGUGACAGGUAGGACAUUUGCCAACAUUUAGGAUCUGGUGUUUAGGAGGUUGUAGUCAAAAUGUAGCGAUAACGUUUCUCAAUCUGAUUCUCCGUAUUUGUAGAGGCGAGGCGGUCAGUGUUACAUAUAAUACAGAAGCUAUUGUUCAGUCGGAGAGGGGAGAUCUACCACUGUGUGUGUGUGUGUGUGUGUGUGUGUGUGUGUGUGUGUGUGUGUGUGUGUGUUUACCAUGUCCAUGCUAGUCCUAUGUGUCAAAAAAACACUAGUCUGUAUCAAACAUUUUGUAAAAGAUAUUAUCUAAUUAACUGACAGGGUGUAGUUUCAAUAGAUAUUAAAUACAACAUCAAAUAGUUCAUUUGUGCCAUUGCUACAUACAGUACAGUCGGUGGAGUGGAGUUCAUUGAAAAACGUGAUUAUUAAAUACACUAAGAAAGCCAGACUGUCUGCCGUUUACAUCAACAAAGGACUGUUAUAUAUGUGCACUGGUUGAAAGAUGUUUUAGUUCCACAUCUUGAAAUAAAUGUGAAAUGAAGCAAUGUGUCAUACAAACUGCCUACGUAACCUCUGUAUUGAGCUGCGUAUGAUAACCUCCUUCAAGGAUAAGGCUGCUGAUAUUCUAUUUUCUUUUUUAAAUGUUAACCAACAUCCCAUAAAACUUUAUUUCAAAUAUCUGUGGCACUGAGCCCCACGCACAUUAACUCUUACUGAAGACCUAAAUCUUAAAAAACAAACAGGUCAGGAAUAAAUACGUAAGAAUAAAAAUAAAAGGCGUAAUAACUCCCUUUUUUAGCAAACUUUAGGAGUAAAUGUAUUUGUUGGGGACUAUAUUCAGCUGCGGAUAAAUACACACGUGGUGCUCUACUGAGUAUUUAUGGCAGCACUCCAAAUAAACUACGGGGACCAUGUUUAUGGUAAGACAAUAAAUAUCAGCCAGUGCAACAGUCAGGGUGUGUUUUUAGCUUUUAUACAACAAUGUGGCUCUACGGCACAGAGAAAUAAGCCGCAUCAGGCCUUGUUUACACCGACAACACUAGUUGGUAGGAUCGAAAAUACAGAAUAUUAUCAAACUCAUCCUUCAAAAUGGGCUAUGAACUGUGUCAUGUUAUGGAAAUAAGACCAGUGCAUGAGAUUAAUCCAUUUGUUGUAUUGAAAGAGAACUUUCUUACUCUCCACACAUAAAACAACCAUCAUAGAGCAUAUAUAUUUCAAUAUAUGCUGAUCAUUUCACUGUCUCCUACAAUCCCACGUGGGGAUGAAACUCUGCUCCUUUCCAGUAGAUCUCCUGAACAAUACAAACAUGUCAUUAUUCUGUAAGCUGUGGAUACACUUUCACACUCAAAUAUAUCUGCAUAUAUACAAAAACAACACAUUUUCUUUACCUUUUGAAGAAUGUGCAUUACUCUUGUUUUAUAUCUUAUAUUAAAAUAUAUAUAAAGAAGCCUUUUGUAAAUGGAGCAGUAUAGCCUAUACGUUAGUGAGAAAGAAGUCACCUUAAGACUUUAUAGUGUCGUGUAUAUUGUAUUACUGCAUUAUAGUUGUUUUUUUGCUAUUUAAAUCUUGUUUGGUAACAGAAAUUUGGAGGGUGAGUGUUUGUUCCGGCCCACCAAACACAAAGUUAAACUUUCCAUUGAGUGUAAAACCAUAAACUCAGCAAUAAAGUGUCUAUAGAGCA